ACUCCCGAUUCCUUUUGGUUCUAAGUCCAAAAUGGCAACUCUCAAAGAUCAGCUGAUUCAGAAUCUUCUUAAGGAAGAACAUGUCCCCCAAAAUAAGAUUACAGUUGUUGGGGUUGGUGCUGUUGGCAUGGCUUGUGCCAUCAGUAUCUUAAUGAAGGACUUGGCAGAUGAACUUGCUCUUGUUGAUGUCAUGGAAGACAAACUGAAGGGAGAGAUGAUGGAUCUCCAGCAUGGAAGCCUUUUCCUUAGAACACCAAAAAUUUUGCUUGUUGUUUCCAAUCCAGUGGAUAUCUUGACCUAUGUGGCUUAGAAGAUAAGUGGCUUUCCCAAAAACUGUGUUAUUGGAAGUGGUUGCAAUCUGGAUUCAGCCGUGUUCCGUUACCUAAUGGGGGAAAGGCUGGGAGUUCACCCGUUAAGCUGUCACGGGUGGAUCCUCAGAGAGCGUGGAGACUCCAGUGUGCCUGUAUGGAGUGGAGUAAACAUUGCUGGUGUCUCUCUGAAGAAUCUGCACCCUGACUUAGGCACUGAUGCAGAUAAGGAACAGUGGAAAGAGGUUCACAAACAGGUGGUUGACAGUGCCUAUGAGGUGAUCAAACUGAAAGGCUACACUUCCCGGGCCAUUGGACUGUCUGUGGCAGAUUUGGCAGAAAGUAUAAUGAAGACUCUUAGGCGGGUGCACCCAAUUUCCACUAUGAUUAAGGGUCUCUAUGGAAUAAAAGAUGAUGUCUUCCUUAGUGUUCCUUGCAUCUUGGGACAGAAUGGAAUUUCAGAUGUUGUGAAGGUGACUCUAACUCCUGAGGAGGAGGCCCGUUUGAAGAAGAGUGCAGAUACACUCUGGGGGAUCCAAAAGGAACUGCAGUUUUAAAGUUUUCUAAUGUACCACUUCACUGUCUAGAAUACGACAGGGUUUUAGUUGGAGGUUGUGUACAUUGUCCUUAUUAUCUGAUCUGUUACUUAAAUAAUAUAAAAAUGGCCUAAUGAAAAAACAUUGGUUUCCUAAAGUUCUAAAUAGGAAUGGUUCAGCAAACCCUGCAGCUAUACCCUAAUGCUGGAUGAUACCUGCCUUUGUAGUCCUAAA